CAAGGCACGUUGUAUCACAUGAUAUGUGGUUACUCAAGAUGGCCCCAGGUAGAGCUGAGAUGUCAGUGUGCAAAACAUACUGGAUUAUAAUGUUUGUUAUCAUAAUAAUGUUAUGCAUUUCUCAUUCUUCGGCUUGGCUUAACAAAGUAAAACACCGAACAUUUCGAACGAGUGUGAUUAUCAACAAUGCAGAUGUCGAGGAGCUGUGGUUUACUCAGAGACUGGAUCAUUUCAACGGAGCGGAUGGGCGAGUUUGGAAGCAGAGGUACUUUAUCAAUGAUACUAUGUAUAAAACUGGCGGGCCGGUUUUCCUGAUGAUUGGCGGUGAGGGGCCUGCAAACCCAGCCUGGAUGCAAUACGGUACCUGGCUUGCUUAUGCACAGAAGCUCGGGGCACUCUGUGUAAUGCUGGAGCACAGGUUCUAUGGGAAAAGUCACCCGACUGAAGACUUGAGUACCACAAACCUCGUCUACCUCAGCAGUAAGCAGGCUCUAGCGGAUCUCGCCCAUUUCCGCACGGUUUUGGCUGAUAAGAUGGGCCUGACCCGAAGCAAGUGGGUAGCAUUUGGGGGAUCCUACCCGGGAUCUCUUGCCACGUGGUUCAGAUUGAAGUACCCCCACCUUGUGCACGCUGCGAUAGCCAGUAGUGCACCCCUUCACGCGGUGCUUAACUUUCCAGAAUAUCUGGAGGUAGUUGAGCGUUCUCUUGCAACCCACAGUCCAGAGUGCCCACUGCUGGUGAAGAAUGCAUCUGACACUCUUGUGGACAUGCUGAAAGACUCAAAAAACUAUGACAAGAUAAGUAAAGAUUUCCGUCUGUGUGAAACGCUCCAGAUUCAAUCUGAUAUGGACCUGGCCUACUUCCUGGAGGUGCUGGCUGGGAAUUUCAUGGACGUGGUCCAGUAUAAUGAUGACAACAGAGAGUUCGAGGGCGUAAGAGGAACGAACAUCACUAUCAAAGUGCUCUGUGGCCUGAUGUCAGACAUGUCUCUUGGGACACCAUACGACAGAUAUGCCUCUGUGGUUCAUCUAAUGCUGAACACGUUCGCUCAGAAAUGUCUGGAUGUGAGUUAUGACACCUACAGGAGGGAAAUGUCAAACUCAUCCUGGGAUGGGCCAGCUUCAGGAGGAGGCAGACAGUGGGUCUACCAGACCUGUGCAGAGUUCGGUUUCUAUCAGAGCACUGAUUCUCCCAAUCAGCCGUUUACUGGAUUCCCUCUGCAAUACCACCUGCAGCAGUGCUCGGACGUCUACGGCAGUUCCUUCAGUGCCGCUUCAGUUGCUGACGCCGUUCUGCAAACCAAUGAAAACUACGGUGGCUAUGACAUCACGAGCAGUCGGAUAGUGUUCCCCAAUGGUUCCAUUGAUCCCUGGCACAUGCUCGGAAUCACCAAAGACAUAAACGACAACCUCCCAGCCAUCUUUAUUAAAGGCACUGCUCAUUGCGCUAACAUGUACCCCGCCCGACCUGAAGACUUGCAGCAACUCACAUAUGCAAGAGACCAUGUCUUCCUACUCCUUCAGAAAUGGCUGAUGCUGUAGGAUUUCAAGAACUGAACCACCCUCUCUGCCAGACUUCCUUUAUUAGCAUGCCCUUUGAGACAGUCAACAAAUAGACAUGCACAAAUAGCAAAUUAAUACUUGCUUACCGAAGAGACAUGUAUGUGCUGAAUCUUACUCCUAGGCCUUUCUGUACUACCGUCUCCUCCUGGAUGAAGGAAGCAGUAAUAAAUAAUCUCCAGCAUGUGUUGGAGGUGGUUCAUUACUGAAUUGCUACAUACAGCUUGCACAUUAUCGAGUGUCUUUCUUUUGAACUGUGCUUUUUAAGAAUGAUUGCAGGGUUUAGUCUGCUUGACAUUUAUUCAAAAUUACUGAAGAGGGUUUCAAGAUGUACUGUAAAUUCAUGGCAAUCAGUAUAUUUGCUUAAUGUUGUGGAAGAAGUGUUUUUUUUUUUUUUGGAGUGUAUUUUCUUUAAUACAUAUGCAUUUGUUGCUGGAAAGUAACCUAAAGGGCCUUAAGAAUUUGGGGUAUUUACAAGUGCUACUAUUGGUUAUUAGUAUUAAAGAAAAACCUGAUUUUAAGGGCUUCAGAAGUGUAUUGUGAAUCCAUGAUAAUAAAUUGCAGAUUUAUCUUGUUUAGGAAUACCAAGUCAGUCAGAAAAUGGUCAGAAGAAAGAUACCCUUUGACUAGUUAAUUUGAGCACCAUAUUUCUAUAUCCCCAUUCAGUAACUGUGUGUAAUUGUACCACGUUAAGUUUCCUAUCUAUGUAUCUAUCUCAUAAAGCAUAAUGUUUUGGCAGGGCAGCUUCUCAAACUUCAUAGAGUUCACACACAAACUGUUUUAAAAUGUAUGAACAUGUAAUUUAAAAGAAUUGUGACGAAUGGGGAUAUGCAUGAAAUGUGUGUUUCAUGAUUUGCAUAUAUAACGAUGGUUUUAUAAUUAAAUGGUCAAUAGGAGAUUUGA